AUGACCACAACAAAGCUCUUUAUUCUUGGUGCAACUGGAUAUAUCGGGGGUGAAGUUUUACAUAAAUUCCUGCUGCAAUACCCAGAUGCUCAUGUUAUCGCGUUGGUGAGAACUCAAGCCAAGGCAGAUUUGCUCAAGCAGGCAAUCAACGGGAAUCUGGAAACGGUCAUUGGAGACUUAAAUAGCCUGGAUGUCAUCGAGGAAAACGUUGCAAAGGCAGACAUCGUUAUUAAUGCAGCAUCCAAUAACCAUCUUCCAAGCCUGGAGGCGAUCAAAACUUCGCUCAUUGCAAAGAAGACCAGGACCUUAUUCAUCCAAACAUCUGGUGCUGGUGUCAUAGCGGACUCCACUGAUCCUACUAAGCAGAAUCCAAACAAAGUUUACUCAGAUGUCAAGGAUAUUGAUGAAAUAAACUCGUUACCAGACUCACAACCUCAUCGUCUUGCCGACAAACUGGUUCAGACGUUCAAAGAAAGCUCUAAAGUUGUUGAAACAGCAAUUAUAUCUCCACCAACCAUAUUUGGAGUCAGUAACGGUUUUGACCACAAGACAUCUGUGCAAAUUCCAUUGCUUGCCAAAGCUAUCACCAAGGUUGGCUAUUCAUUUACAGUUUACAAGGGGGACACUUACUGGAGCCAUGUUCACAUUUCGGACUUGGGAGACCUUUAUGUCUUGAUUAUUGAAAAGUUUUUGAAACAGCAAGACUUCCCAUCAGGAUACAAGGGAUACUAUUUCGCUGCUGGCGGGACUCCUCAUUCAUGGAAAGACGUUUCGGUUGCAGUCUCAAAGCUUUUGGUGGAGAAAAAAUUGAUUUCCUCCGACAAAAUCGAGCAAUUGAACCCAGAUCAAGUUCAAAAGGUGUUUGGACUUCCAGCACUCUUCUGGGGAUCCAAUGCAAAGACCGAUGCAGACCUAGGGAAACAAAUUGGCUGGGAACCGAAGAAAUCUUCCGACAAGGAAUUCUGGGAAGACAUCGAGAUUGAGAUCGAUUACUUGAAAAAAACUGGCUAUUUUGAAGGUGAGUUAAAAUCACAUUAG